AUGAGGGCCUACUACGUGCUCAUGAGACAUCGCAUCAUGAUCAGCUUCCGCGAAGGGAAGCGCCUGGGCUUCAAAUGCGGCAUGGGCCUCUCCGUGAUCUUUCUGCACGCCCUCGCACACUUCUGCCUCAUGGUUGCCUUUGGCGAGCCAUGCGACGACGACUCUUGCCGGGGGAAGCACCUAGACUCAUCCCUGUCGCAGGAUGUGCUGCAUAACCCAGCCACCCUAGAGAAAGACCGCACCUUCAUCCUGGCAGCCACGAAGCUGGCCGUGCAGUACAUCGUACCAGGCACGCUGAGCCUGGUCUUCCUCUUCUCUAUGGACGACUUCGUUGCCGAGCUGGUGCCCAUGGGGCUAUUCUUCUCUUCCAAGCCCUGCACGCGCUACAAAGAGCUGGAGAAGUACCUGCACGUCAAAGAGGACAUCAUGAGAUCAGCUGUGAAGCAGAUCAUGGGCCGACGUUGGGAGCCCUGCCGCUUCGAGGAAGUCUGUGUUCAGUUGCGUGAGAUCCUCCAGGAGCGCCGUUGCCGGCCGCUGGGUGCUGCAGAUGAAGACGAAGAGCCUGAGGUCCAGGAGGAGCCGGGCUCCUUCCUGACUGGGCUCCGGGAACUGGUCUUUCUGGAGUGGUGGCCCAUUCAGAUGCUGAUUGACCUUCCACUGGUGGAUGAGCACAGCUACAUAUUCAAUGUUUUCAUGUCGGCCCACCUCUUCGCCACAAACGCCAUCCUCAGCUUCAGCACCUUCGUGAUCCUGCGACGGGUCAUGUUCAUGCUUCAGGAGGACGUGGCUGCGGAUGAUGGGCGCUUGGCCCUCACCUUCUCCAACCUCUACCCCAUCGCAUGGUACCUUCUCUUGGGCUCCAUCCUGGCCCUGGCCCUCGUCCGCACCAUGCAGCUGCUGGUCCAGGUCUGCCAGCGAGUGCUCGCAGGGAGGCCCACGCGCGCUGGCGACGCGCCCGCGGAGCCGGCGAGCCUGGAAGCGCCGUAG